CUUAUCGUGGUUAAGUUCGGUUUGUUUUGUUUUAUAAUGUGUUCCUUCUUAUUCGUCGUUACUACUAGGUCAAUUAAAUCUCUUUCUUAAAUUUUCCCAGAUUUGGGUAUUUCUAACUUUAACUGCGAAUUCAAUUCUUAUAGCAUUAAUUGGGCCAAAACAAAAGAACCAAAAAACUUUCAAGCUUUUUCUCCUUUGAUAGUUUCAUUGGCUCUCAAUCGAAGAAAACUUUUAGCUUACAAAAUCUGCUUUGAGUAGUAUUGAUUUUUCAAUUCAUAUGGAAAAUCCUCCAUUAGAAUCUGAGAUCAAAGAGGAUAUGUCUUUGAAGAAUCAUCCUCCAGACAAGGAUAAGGACAAAGACACUAUCAUGGAACAACCUAGUAGUCCACGUCAUCGGAAGGUUGUUGCUAGAUGGUUACCUGAUGAAGCACAGAGGCCAAUUAUCAAUGACGCUCCCGUAUUCACUCCAUCACUAGAGGAGUUUGUAGAUCCACUUGCGUAUAUCGAGAAGAUACGUCCACUAGCAGAGCCGUAUGGUAUCUGUCGAAUCAUCCCACCAUCGACAUGGAAGCCUCCUUGCCGGCUUAAGGAGAAGAGUAUAUGGGAGCAGACAAAGUUUCCUACUCGGAUUCAAACCGUAGACCUGCUUCAGAACCGUGAGCCGAUGAAGAAGAAACCGAAGAGUAGAAAGCGGAAACGGAGAAGAAACUCGAGAAUGGGUUCGUCUAAGAGACGAUCUGGUUCUUCUCCCGCUGAAUCGACUUCAUCACCCGAGGCUGAGGAGAAGUUUGGUUUCAAUUCUGGUUCAGACUUCACUCUUGAUGAGUUUGAGAAAUAUGCUCUGCAUUUUAAAGACUCGUACUUUGAAAAGAAAGACUCUGGUGGAGAUAUAGUAAAAUGGACACCGUCUGUGGAUGAUAUAGAAGGGGAAUACUGGCGGAUAGUUGAGCAACCAACAGAUGAAGUGGAGGUUUACUAUGGAGCUGACUUGGAGAAUGGGGUGCUUGGAAGCGGGUUUUAUAAAAGAGCCGAGAAGUUUACCGGUAGCGAUAUGGAGCAGUACACAUUAUCUGGCUGGAACUUGAAUAACUUACCACGGCUUCCUGGCUCUGUACUCUCUUUUGAAGAUUGUGACAUAUCCGGAGUUCUAGUUCCAUGGCUAUAUGUGGGAAUGUGUUUUUCAUCAUUUUGUUGGCAUGUGGAGGACCAUCAUUUAUAUUCACUUAACUAUCAUCACUUUGGGGAGCCAAAAGUAUGGUAUGGUGUUCCAGGAAGCAAUGCAACCGCUCUCGAGAAGGCGAUGAGGAAACAUUUACCUGACUUGUUCGAAGAACAGCCUGAUCUACUACAUGGCCUGGUUACUCAGUUUUCUCCUUCAAUACUGAAAGAUGAGGGAGUCCAGGCUUACCGGGUCGUGCAGAAUUCAGGGGAGUAUGUAUUGACAUUCCCGAGGGCGUAUCAUGCUGGAUUCAACUGCGGUUUCAACUGCGCAGAAGCGGUUAAUGUGGCUCCGGUUGAUUGGUUGGCUCAUGGACAGAACGCUGUGGAACUAUAUAGUAAAGAGACAAGGAAGACUUCUCUGUCUCACGACAAGCUUCUUCUUGGAGCAGCUUAUGAAGCGGUGAAGGCUCUUUGGGAACUCUCAGCUUCUGAGGGAAAGGAAAAUACAACAAAUUUGAGAUGGAAGAGUUUCUGUGGGAAGAACGGGACACUUACCAACGCGAUACAAGCUCGGUUACAAAUGGAAGAGGGGAGAAUUACAGCUCUUGGUAGGGAUUCUUCAAGCUUGAAGAAGAUGGAGAAGGACUUUGAUUCAAACUGUGAAAGGGAAUGUUUCUCAUGCUUUUAUGAUUUGCAUCUCUCGGCUUCUGGCUGCAAGUGCUCUCCCGAAGAAUACGCGUGCCUUAAACAUGCAGAUGAUCUUUGUUCAUGUGAUGUGAAAGAUGGAUUUAUUCUUCUCCGGUACACAAUGGAUGAGUUAAGCUCGUUGGUCAGAGCAUUGGAAGGGGAAUCAGAUGAUUUAAAGAUAUGGGCUUCCAAGGUUUUAGGCAUUGAACAUAGUGAUGAAGAUCAGACAAAGACUAGUUCAGUUAUCAGUGAGGAGAAGAAGUUAAAGGAAGGUUCUUUUGAUCUGAACAUUGACUUAGAGAUGGAUUAUCAAGAAGACGUUAAAGAAGAAGCCAGCACUAGUGGCGGCGAGUUAACCGCCUCAGAGAACCUUGGUGUAUCGGUCGAGCCUAUAAACCUCGGGUUCUUGAUUUUUGGAAAGCUUUGGUGCAAUAAGUAUGCUAUAUUCCCAAAAGGAUUCAGGAGUCGUGUCAAGUUCUACAAUGUUCUUGAUCCAACAAGAAUGAGCAAUUACAUCUCUGAGGUUUUGGAUGCAGGACUCAUGGGUCCAUUGUUCAGGGUUACUCUGGAAGAAUCUCCAGACGAGAGCUUCUUCAAUGUCUCUGCACAACAAUGCUGGGAAAUGGUGAUGCGGAGAGUUAAAGAUACAUCAACAAGUCUUGGUCUUCCUAUUUUACCACAGUUUGAGAGUAUCAACGGGCUUCAAAUGUUUGGUUUCCUCUCACCCUCUAUAGUUCAGGCCAUUGAAGCUCUUGACCCAAACCAUCGACUAGUUGAGUACUGGAACCACAAGAACCAAACUUCAUCAGACUCAAAAGAUCACUUCAUAUCAUCAAACUGUUCCGCAAGUUUAACCAAAGGAAAACUUUUCGGAGUAGAUUUGAUGUAAACAAAAAAGACUGUACCAACUCCGAGACCAACAACAACAACAGAAACAACAAUGACAUAUCUUUUAGAUAGAUAGAGAGAAGAAAUUUCUUUCUGAUUUUUUUUUUUUGUUUUGGGGGCAUUUAUUAUUCAUAAUCUUUUGUUCUUAUUUAUCAUAGCAAGAACAAAUAACCUAACCUUAGCGUUAGUGAAGUGUAAACUAGAAAAGAAAAGUCAUAAUAAUAGAAAUUCUUCUUUCAAAAAUCAAGAAAAUUUGCUAUUGCUUAAUGUGAAAAACUUUACAUUAUGUAACAGAGUUUCACAAAAUCUUGAAAAAAAUUAGACUUUGAGUCUAAAAAAUCUUGUAAAGACAAAAAAGAGAUAUUUCACGCCGUUAGUGGAAUCUUGACGGUUACUUCGCCGGAAAAAGUCGCCGGAAUGUUGAGUCAGAACAGAGCCAGAGUCGCCAAUGGAAGCAAGAACGAGCCAGUUGAGAAAUGUACUGUGGAUGCAGAAGCAGAGGUUUGAUUGGUGUCACUGUUGGAUCCAUCGGGAUGACGACGGCGACUAGAAGGCUGAAAAGGCCAAGGACGGAGACUAUCAGCUAAAGUAGUAUCACCGGUACCAAAAUCGCCGUAACGUGAGAAAUCAAGAGACGAAGCAACGCCGUGAAUAGCAAUUGAAGAAGAGAGGAAAAGAUCCGGUUCAGAGACAAGAACGCCGUCGAGUGCGUAACCGGGAACAGAGUUGUUAGUGACGACGAUUGUGUUUCCGGGGAGAAGAGUCGGAAGACGAGAGAGUGGUUUGAAGAGACGAAGAUCUGUGAAGGAGAGUCGUUGAGGUACGAUGUGGUAAGCGACGGAGAGACGACGGGGAUUAGCGUUGUUGUUGCCAGUGGUGGAGGAAGAGGAGGAGGAGAUAUCAGCGGAGUCGAAAUCGCUUGGGAUGAAGAUAGUGGCGGAGAGAGGGAUACCGAAUUGGUCAUCGACGGCGGAGAGAAAAUCUGCGGCCCAGUCACGGAAAUCUCCGGCUCCGAUCAUUGCUUCGAUGAUUCUGUCGGCGUGUUGGUGAUCUUGGGACGUGAGAUACGCUGGAGAAGCGGCGGAAGUGAGGAAUGUGACGGUGGUGAUGAGGAAGAGGAGAAAGAGAUGGCUUGAGGUGGCCAUCGGAGAUUCAAAUCGGCGGCGAAGUUGUAACAGAAUGAGAGAGAAUCUUUUUGAGUUCGUUAGGAUUCUUCAACAAUGAAGAAGAACUCUGUUCUUCUUUCUUUAUUUAUAUACCUCUUUAGUUAAAUUAUUAAGAGGAUGGAUUAGUUAAACCGGUUUUCCGGUUUGGUUAAGUGAUAAAACCGAGACUUUGUGUUGAAAAGGAGACUCCUUGAAGGCCAGAAGAGAGC